AAGCCCAAGAGUAGCAAGGUCUCUGCUCUUUCUCUCCCCUCAGAACCCUAGGUGCUGGCAUCAUUCUGCCUAUAUGACAGUAAAAUAGACUUACAAUGUUUGAUGUCCAGAAAAAAAUAUCUUACUCAGUCUUUGCUUUGCAAAUCAAUCUUAUUUGCUCUGUUUAAUAUUUACCAGUAGACAUUAACUUAAUACUACCCAGCAGAACAAAGAAUAGGGAAGAAGCACCGUGAAAGAGAGGUCCAGCACUAACUGUUCAGAAGGAAGAUGAAGUCUGCAUUGUGUUUGUGUUUGUUGCUUCUUGGACUUCAAGUCCAGGGUCAACAUAGGUCCAACCUCAAUGAUGAACAGCAGGAACAAAAAAUACCCCAUUCCCCAGAAGACCAUUCCCAGGCUGAAGAUGAAAACUUGGCUCAUGUCAAGAUAGCCCCCAGCAACACUGACUUCGCAUUUAGGUUUUACAAGCAGGUCAGAGAGGAAGCAGGCAACAAGAACAUUUUCUUCUCUCCUUUGAGCAUCUCCACUGCCUUUGCAAUGCUCUCUCUGGGGGCCAGAUCAAACACACUUGGUCAGCUGCACAAAGGCCUUGCCUUCAACCUGACAGAGAUAGAGGAGCAGGAGAUCCAUGAGCGAUUUCAGUGCAUCCUCCAGCUGCUGAACGACCCUCACCGAGAAGUCCAGUUGAGCACGGGCAAUGCCCUGUUCAUAGACGAUCGAAUGAAACUGCUCCAAAAAUUUUUGGAUGAUGUCACAAUUUUUUAUUAUUCUGAAGCUAUUUCUAGUAACUUCCAGAAUUCUUCAGAGGCUAUAAAGGAAAUCAAUAACUACAUAGAUAAAAAAACCCAUGGGAAAAUUGUUCCUUUACUCAAGAAACUUUCUUCAGACACCAAGAUGAUUCUGGUUAACUACAUUUUCUUUAAAGGCUACUGGGAAAAACCUUUCAAAAAUUUGGACACCAGAGAUGAUGACUUCUUUUUGGAUGCCAAGUAUUCUGUUAAGGUCAAAAUGAUGCAUCAAAAGGAUGUCUUUAAUAUCCAUAGGGAUGAGAAGUUGUCUUGCUGGGUAGUAGAAAUCCCAUACAAAGGAAAUGCUGCUGCAUUGUUUGUUCUGCCUGAUGAAGGGAUGAUGAAGCAGGUGGAGGAUACUCUGCUAAAAGAAACAGUGUUUAACUGGAUGCAAUCACUUGAAGAAAGAAACAUCUACGUGGAUCUUCCAAAAUUCUCCAUGUCUGGCUCCUAUGAUGUUAAGGGCCUGUUUCAGAAAAUGGGUGUGACAGAGGCGUUCAGUAACCAGGCUGAUUUCUCUGGAAUGGUAGAAAAAAUCCCUCUGAGCGUUUCCAAAGCGAUUCACAAGGCUAUGGUGGAUGUCAGUGAAAACGGCACAGAAGCUGCUGGAGUGACCAUGAUAGAACUGACACUAUUGUCUGCAGGGUUUCCUCCUCCUCCUCACAUCAGAUUCAACAGGCCCUUCCUGAUGAUGAUUGUUGACAAAACCAGCCAUGGCAUCCUCUUCAUGGGGAAAAUUGUGAACCCAGCUGCUAAGGAAGACUAGGCCAGAGCACUUGUACUCCCCAGUGCAGAGGAGAGAGCUUGUGCACUUCCCAGAGACUUCUUUGCAUAAAGGGCCUAGAAUAGAUCCCUAAUUAACAAGUAAAUAAAUAAAUAUUA